AUGGAUCAGUACAACCGACUACACGGUGGAACACGUUCCUCCUCACAGCUUCCUUGCGCCCAUAGCCAUAGAAGCGACAGGGCUAUAUACCCUGAUGGCGUCGUGCCCGGAGGACUCAUGCGUUAUAACUACAUUGUAAAUGGAAAUACGAGGCCAGGUCUCCUAGAAACCACGAGAUGGGCCCAUUCCCAACCCACCUACCGCCAGCAAGGUUACGAACGGCCGUGUGAUCAUGGUAACUUCUACCUUGAACCAUCGCACCAAAACACACCGCAGACUGUCUAUAUCGCCGACGCAGUAGAUGCAACGCUGCCCAUGAAUCUCCCGGAGCACGACGAUAACACAGCAGGACCAUCUGCCACUGUGGAAAAUGAGAGAAAGCAGGAGGUGUCACAGUCAGCCAGCUCGACUGAGAUACCGAAUUCAGUGAGGUCACCGCGUACUCUAGAUCUGGGUCUGAUCUAUAAUGCUAUUUUGGAGUUUGAAAAGGACCUGAAGUUGCUGAGGGAAUGUUUUGAGGAGUUUUGGGGAGGCGAGGAACAUGUUGGGGUCAUACAUUUGCUGUAG